GCCAAGCGAAUGGCCGUGAAAUCGCAGCGCGCGAAACUAAGGAACAUAAAAAUUAAAAAGAAAAUCGUCGGGAAAAUACCAACUAAGCGAGACUCGUGAUUCGGUGCAAAAAUAUGACGCAUUGGAGAAUGGAUAUAUUCAGAUAUUUAACACUUUUCGGCAUUUUGGGAUUAAGAACUUCGUUUGGGAUUGAUCUAAGCGAUCUUCAGUUGAAACUGGGUACCAAUGGAUCCGUUAUGCUGGCACCCAGAAACAACUCCAACGCCUACGACUUAACUCUAAAUCUUACGCAGACUGUGAGCAGUGGUUGUCCCUCGCUGAUGAGCGCCGAAUCCUUGCCGCAAAUGGAGUUCGUGAUGCGGCUGACGGACAGCUGUCGCUACGACAGGAUGGUGCCGCCUCUGAACUUCGACGAGAAUGGCGAGCCCGUGGCCAUACCCAUAUAUGCCCGAUUUUAUAUCUAUGUUUUGAAGAACCUGGACUCCAGUGACCUGCAGUUCAAUGUGCAGGGCUUGUUGCAGCUGCGCUACAAGGAUCCACGCCUGGCCUACUCCGAGUACAUGCCCCACCGGCGACAGCCCAUCAUGGGCGAGCAGGGCCUGAAGCAGCUGAUCUGGGUGCCACACAUCUUCCUGACCAACGAGCAGACGUCCAGUGUUCUGGGAACCAGUGCCAAGGAUGAGCUGACCACCAUCUAUCCGGAUGGCACGAUCCUGGUUUCCACACGACUGCAGGCCACCCUGUACUGCUGGAUGAACUUCCAGAAGUUUCCCUUCGACGAGCAGAAAUGCACCACCAUCCUGGAGAGCUGGAUGUACAACACCUCGGUGGUGGAGCUGCACUGGGAGACCACCAACCCAGUGAGCUUUGACACGCAGCUUCAGCUGACGGAGUAUAACCUGAUCGGAUCGCUGUACAACGAGUCCAUUCGCGUGUCCAACGGCACUGUGAUGACCCAUGGAGCUCUUCAAGGCAACUAUAGCACCAUUAGCUUCAGUGUGCUGCUGACCCGGGAGGUGGGAUACUACGUCAUCGAUUACUUCCUGCCCUCCGUUAUGAUAGUGACCAUCUCGUGGGUGACUUUUUGGCUGCAGGCGGACCAGACACCGGCCCGCACCACCCUUGGCUGCACCACCCUGCUGUCCUUCAUCACCCUCUCGCUUUCGCAGGAGAACAACCUGUCCAAGGUCAGUUAUGUGACCAUGUCCGAGGUGUGGUUCCUGGUCUGCACCAUCUUCAUCUUUGGCAGCCUGGUGGAGUUCGCCUUCGUAAACACAAUCUGGCGGCGGAACAACGAUCUGCAGCUGAAGAAGCGCACAACCAAGUACAUCGUCAAGUCCACCUUCGUGCCGCACCUGAAGAAGCACCGGCGGCAUGGCUACAAGCGAACCGAUAGCACCAUGAGCACCACCAGUAUGGACAGGUCCUGCAGUCCCAACAACACGGUCAUCACCAUCGAGACACCCAUCAUAAUCGGUGGCAGUCUCAGCCGCGAGGACUCGGCCAUCAGUCUGGAUGAGAACGAGAGCUCGGGAGGAUCAUCGUCGGGUGACUCGACAAAGGAGAAGCCCCCGCAGACCUUUGCCACCAUGACCCCCAAGGAGGUGUCCCUGUGGAUUGACCGGAAGGCACGCUUUGUCUUCCCGCUGGCCUUCAUCCUGUUCAAUGCUUUAUUUUGGACCUUGGUCUACUGCCUGUAAUAUGGGAUGUAUUAUGGACGGGAGAGACGAAAGAGGAGUGAUACUGUGAUCCUGGAGCAUCCUCACCUCAUUACGAUAUAGAGAUCUAGUCUUAGUGCAGCAGGGGUGCACAAGCUUGGCGCGCUGUCCCUUCUCUUUGCUAUAAAUAUUCUAUCUUUCCCAAGAAAGUAGUAUUUCUGUCUGUUAUGACUCGGUGCUCCCAGGUUGGGCAUCCCUGCUUCAGUCCCCCACAGCCUCGACAGGUGAUAGAGCUUCCUUCGGCCGGGCCGUACGUGUUAUGUAGUCUGUAUUUGUUUCUAAUAAAUUAUAUGUU